GUCGAGGGCAAUUAUCUCCUAUUCGCUGUCCACACAUCCAGACAUCAAAGUCGCCGCCCAAACACUGUUAUCGCUCAGUCUUGGGCAUUUCUUGUAUAUACUGGCCAUCUGCCAUGUUUGUUUUGAGACUAGGCGUUUGUAGGUGAAAUCCUCGGGUGAUUGCUGAUAAAUACAUAGGUACACCCUGCCACCUCGAGUCCCUUUCAGUCCUUUGAAACCCCCUCCUCUCAUUCACAUUCACUCAGCUCCUCGACGUCUGCGAAAAUGGUCAAAGUACCUUGGCAGGAUGUUGCUGCCCUCGCACAAUCUCUGCGAGACAAGUCAAUAGACCGCAUUGAACCCGCGGUCCCCAAAGUCCCCAGCUCAUCAGAGCUCCCUUUGAACACAUCCAAGCUACCGUCACAAUUACUGAGCCCAGAAGAAUCCAAAAUCACCGAGACUUGUCCAGAGCAACUGCUCAAGUCUUUGGCUUCCGGCGAGCUCAGUAGUGUCCAAGUCGUCACUGCGUUUCUAAGACGAGCAGGAAUUGCACAGAAGCUUACCAACUGUGUGACCGAAGUUCUUCCAGAAGCUGCCAUUGCAAGGGCAAAAUACCUAGAUGAGUAUCUUGCCACCAACAAGAAACCCAUAGGUCCUCUUCAUGGCUUGCCAAUCAGCGUCAAGGAGCAUAUCGGCAUCAAAGGUCUCGGUCUCAACGGCGGGUUUGUUGGUUGGUUUGACCGGCGUGCCGAGGAGGACGCAUACAUUGUCGAAUUGUUGCAAAAGGCCGGCUGUGUGUUGUACGUCCGAACGACUCAACCACAAUGUUUGAUGCAUCUUGAAACCUGCAACAACCUUUACGGCGAGACUGUCAACCCAUACAACAGGACUUUGACCUGUGGCGGGAGUUCUGGCGGCGAAGGUGCCUUGAUCGGCCUGAAGGGAAGUCCCAUGGGAAUCGGUACUGAUAUUGGUGGAAGCAUUCGCUCACCAGCAGCCAAUUGUGGUGUCUGGGGCUUCAGGCCAACGUCUUAUAGACUACCCAUGGGCGGAUGUACAGCCCCAAUGGGUGGCCAGGAACAAAUCGUCCCGGUCAUUGGUCCUUUGAGCUUGUCGCUCGAGGGUUGCCAUGUCUUCAUGAAAGCCCUGAUUGACCAGAAGCCCUGGCUUGUGGAACCUUCCUUGCUGCCAUUUCCCUGGUCUUAUCCCCCCAAGGAGAGCUAUCUCACCAAGCCUGAUGGAACCAGAAAGCUCAAAGUAGCUGUCCUUUGGAGCGACAAUAUUGUCAAACCACAUCCUCCCGUCAUUCGUGCCCUGAAAGAGUUGACGGAUAAGCUCAAAUCCAGCUCCGAGAUCGAGCUGGUUGAUUGGGUGCCAUACAAGCACGAUGUGGCAUGGGACAUCAUCUCUUCCAUGUAUUUUGGCGACGGGGCCAAGCAGGACACCGAAGCUCUUGCUCUGAGUGGCGAGCCAUGGCUACCAUUGACCAAUUUCAUCAUUAAGGAACAGCCCAACGUUAAGGAGAAUACCAUUACCGAGGUCUGGGAGUUAACCAUGCAGCGGGAAAAGUAUCGUGCCGAAUACGCCAAGUUGUGGAAUGACACUGGCAAGGACGGAUAUCCAGUGGAUGUGAUCUUGUGUCCUGUCGGCCCCGGAGCUGCCCCUCCACUAGGCCACGCUCGUUAUUGGGGCUACACAUCACAGUGGAAUCUACUGGAUUAUCCGGCCAUGAUCUUCCCCGUUUCACAGGUAGACCAGGAGCUCGACAAGGCCGAGGUUGGCUAUCAGCCUUUGAACGACCAGGAUGAUUGGAACUAUAAACUUUAUUCCCCUGACAAGUAUGCGGAUGCUCCGGUGUCGCUACAGCUGGUGGGGCGGAGGUACGAGGAUGAGAAGGUGUUUGAGGCUAUGGAGUUCAUCCAGUCCAUAGCGGGCUCGUUGCCGUUGACACCAUUUCGAUAG